AUGCUCGCUGCCAAGAGAAGUGGGCACGCUGCCCUGUUCUCCCUACCAUCUCCACUCCGCCAACAACUCCACGCUCGAAGCCUCGCCACUGCUUCCUCCUCCUCCUCUGGCGCAGCGGCAAGCUCGGUCCAAUCGCGAACACCACCCUACGCCAAACUCCUCAAACGCCUGGCUUUCGUUCGACAAAUCCUUCCCUCUCGCCCUUUCUCACUUGCCGAGAAAAUCUUGUUCUCCCAUCUCGGCAAUCCCGAAGAAUCCCUCCUCCAAAAUACAUCGAAUGGCUCCGAUAUCCGCGGCAAUGCGACCCUCAAGCUCUCACCAGAUCGGGUCGCAAUGCAAGAUGCUUCGGCCCAGAUGGCACUGCUACAGUUCAUGUCAUGUGGCAUGUCAUCAACUGCAGUACCUGCAUCGAUCCAUUGCGAUCACAUGGUGGUAGGAGAAAAGGGUGCCGAUGUGGACUUACCGAACAGCAUCAAGGGAAACAAGGAAGUUUACGAUUUCCUAGAGAGUGCAGGAAAGAGAUAUGGAAUUGAGUUUUGGCCCCCUGGAGCUGGUAUCAUCCAUCAGACCGUUCUGGAGAACUAUGCUGCCCCAGGAUUGAUGAUGCUCGGCACCGACUCCCACACACCAAACGCUGGUGGGCUAGCAUGUAUCGCUAUUGGAGUUGGUGGAGCAGAUGCGGUGGAUGCUUUGGUUGACGCCCCAUGGGAGUUGAAGGCACCAAAGGUAAGAGGUGUGAGGUUGACGGGCAAGCUGAGCGGAUGGGCGACACCCAAGGAUGUCAUUCUUGCCCUGGCGGGCAAGUUGACGGUCAGGGGUGGAACGGGCUUUGUGACCGAGUACUUUGGCCCUGGCGUGGAAAGUCUGAGCUGUACGGGCAUGGCAACCAUUUGCAACAUGGGCGCUGAGAUUGGUGCAACGACCUCCCUCUUCCCAUACACACCCACCUCUCAUGCACCUUAUUUGCACUCCACCCACCGUUCUUCCAUCGCAGAGGAAGCCUCGGCGAUUGCCUCUCUCGCCCCUGCACGAAAUCUGCUCGCCGCCGACCCAGACUGUCAAUAUGACGACGUUGUUGAGAUUAAUCUCUCGGAGCUUGAGCCACACAUCAACGGACCAUUCACUCCCGAUCUCAGUACUCCCCUUUCCGCCUUCAAAGAAACGGUCAAGGCAAACCAAUGGCCCGAGACUUUCGGGGCAGGCCUCAUCGGAUCCUGCACCAACUCCUCGUACGCCGACAUGACCCGAUGUGAGUCGCUCGUGAAGCAGGCAACGGCAGCUGGACUGGCACCUGUCGCGGACUUUUUCAUCACCCCGGGCAGCGAACAGAUUCGUGCUACACUGGAUCGUGAUCAAACCCUGUCCACAUUUGAGGAUGCUGGAGGCGUGGUGCUUGCCAACGCUUGCGGACCUUGCAUCGGGCAGUGGAGUCGGACGGACGGCGUGAAGAAGGGCGAGAACAAUGCCAUCUUCACCUCAUACAACCGCAACUUUCCCGGCCGCAACGACGGCAACGCCAAAACAAUGAACUUCCUCGCCUCCCCGGAACUCGUCACAGCAAUGUCAUACGCCGGCACCACCUCCUUCAACCCAAUGACAGACAGCUUGAAGACCCCCUCCGGCGAGUUAUUCAAAUUCGAACCACCCACCGGGAUCGAUCUCCCCUCCGAGGGCUUCGCAGCAGGAAACGCACUCUUCCGACCAACCCCUCCAAUCCCAAACCCAGAGGUCCCAGUCGCCGUCUCCCCCACAUCCUCAAGACUAGCCCUCCUCGACCCCUUCCCACCUUUCCCAUCCUCGGAUCUCAAAUCUCUCCGUGUCCUCGUCAAAGUCAAGGGACAAUGCACAACAGACACCAUUUCCGCCGCAGGUCCCUGGUUGAAAUACAAAGGCCACCUCCCCAACAUCUCCGAAAACACGCUCAUCGGCGCCCUCUCCGCAGACACUAACGAAGUGAAUUCCGUCCGUGACCUCGAUGGCUCAGCACACACCAYCCCCGAGCUCGCAAAGCGAUGGAAGGAAAAGGGUCAGGAUUGGAUCGUCGUCGCGGAACACAACUACGGCGAAGGAUCGGCUCGAGAACACGCUGCGUUGCAGCCGAGAUAUCUCGGAGGAAGAGUCAUCAUCACAAAGUCUUUUGCGAGAAUUCACGAGACGAAUUUGAAGAAGCAGGGUGUCGUUCCCUUGACGUUUGCCGAUGAGGCGGAUUACGCCAAGGUGCAGGGUGGGGAUGAGGUGGAUGUUGUGGGUUUGAGGCAGGUGUUGGAUAGUGGGGAGGGAGAGAUUUCGCUGGUUGUGAAGAAGGAUGGCAAGGAGGAGAGGAUAGCUUUGAAGCACACUUUGAGUCCCGAUCAGAGAGGGUUCAUUCUUGCGGGAAGUGCAUUGAACCUAUUGGCUAAGAAGGGUGCUGCUUGA